AUGGACCCCAGCGAUGACCUUACUUCCAUCACUAGAGUGUCUACACCCUACGAAUUAUCUCCUCUUUCUUUCGACGCACCCUAUGAAUUUCCACGCCAUUUUUUACCGACUGUCAUGAAAGACGACAGUAAAAUUCCACUGGUGCUAGUUGCGUGUGGGUCGUUUUCUCCUGUCACCUAUCUUCAUUUGAGAAUGUUUGAGAUGGCGCAAGAUCACUUCAAGGAGAGAAACGAAUUUGAGUUGCUGACGGGAUACUACUCGCCUGUAUCUGAUUAUUACAUGAAGGAGGGACUAGCAAAAGCAGAGGAUCGUGUAAAGAUGUGUCAAUUGGCUGUGGAAACAACAUCAGAUUGGCUCAUGGUGGAUUCGUGGGAGCCACGUCAAACAACAUAUCAAAGAACAGCUAUUGUGCUCGAUCACUUUGAUCACGAAUUAAACACGGUUGGUGGUGGUAUUGUUACAUCAUCAGGUGAAAGACGCAAGAUUCGAAUUAUGCUAUUAGCUGGUGGUGAUUUGAUUGCUUCUUUUGGCCAUCCUGGUGUUUGGGCACCUGACGAUUUGCAUCAUAUUGUGGGACAUUACGGCUGUGUCAUUAUUGAGCGAACUGGCACAGAUGUGUAUGGAUUUCUACUAUCGCACGACAUACUGUAUCAGCAUAGGAUGAAUGUCACUGUGAUCAAGCAGUUGAUCCACAACGAUAUCAGUUCAACAAAGAUUAGACUAUUUGUGAAAAGAGGCAUGUCGAUCAAAUAUCUACUGCCCAAUCCUGUCAUUGACUACAUUCAUGCUCAUGGCCUCUAUCUACCUCGUCCUUCAUCACAGACAGCAUCUGAAGAGGAGAAAGAGCAGAGAUAA